UGAGGGAAGAAACUCCUUUCCUUCGCCAUCGCUCUUUCUUUUCGCCAAGCGGAGGAGUGGCCUUUCUCAGAUGCGCAUCCCAGGCUGAGAAUUCUACUGUAGAUCAAAGCCUUCAGUGAGGAAGUACUCAUUAGUGAUGAUGGAUCAUGCUUAUCACAACACUCUUGAGAAUGCAACAGUUGUGCAAUUAACUGCAGUUUUGUCAGCAGAUAGCCAGUACUCCGAAGAACAUGUUCUAAAAUGCACAUUCAAAGCAUGUGAUCCAGAAGAAACAGGACAGGUUUCCGUUUUCCGCAUCAUUGAAUACUUACAAGAAAUGACAGGGCAAAGCUGUGAAGACUGGAGGCUUCAAUCUCUCUACAAGAGAUUGGACCCUGAAGAACAAGGGCUUACUGUUGAUUUUUUUACCUUCUAUACUAUUAUGAAGGAUUGGAUUGUAGACUGUCAACAGGAAGGUAACCAGCAAACACUGGAACAAGCUAAAAUAUCAGCAAAUGAAUUGGAAGAUCUGAAAAUUUUUUCAAAAAGUAUGGAGGAGGAAAAUAAUAGAUUACACACACAAGCACGGCAGUUGGAAAAAGAGCAGCAGCUUCUCUCUGUUAAGAUGGAUAACCUUCAGGAUGAGAACAGAAAGUUGCUUCUAGAAAAAGAAAGCUCAGAGGGUAAAAUCAAAGAGCUAUUUACAAAGAAAGCCAAAAUGAAGUCACAACUCUCUGAGUAUGAAAAUCGUAUCUCUUGCAAAGAUGCUGCCCUUAAUAAGAAAAUAAAACAAAUUGAAGUGCUUACAAUAACUCUAGAUGAAUAUCGAAUGAUGGUACAGCAGGAAAUCAGUAAGGAGUGUGGCUUGCCUAGUCCUUUGUGUGGGAUGUUGAAUUCUUUGGUGAUACAUUCAGUAGCUGAAGGAAGCAUUGAUUGCUUGACAGAACAGGAACAUAACAAGAAAGGGUUAGAUGAUAUCAAAGCAUUACUUCCAGUUUCACAUAGCUUGUCUCAGUUAAGCCUUUUGACUGAUGAUAAUGAUCAACUAAUAUUGAAGAUUCAGGAACAUACACAAAACCAAAACAAUCUUCUAUCAGAGAAAGGGGGAAGCAGAGAGGAAUCAAAACAAAUCCUGACAAAUGAACACAUUGGCAAUAGCAAGACUCUUGAAUUGACUCUAAAAAACAUGGAUCUUUGGGCCUAUCCAUCUAAUAUAGAGUCUCAGGUGGACCUGUUCGCUCAACCUGACAACACACACCUGCCGCAAUUCUACACCAAGUUUCAGGUACCAGGGGUGGAAGGCACCGACGCCCUUUGCCGCCCUUGGCCAGAGGGCCUCCUUUAUGCCUUCCUGCCCCUGCUAAUUAUACUGCUGGUCAUCCAGAAGCCCUCAUCCAUCCGAAUCCACAGCUAUUACAGUUAG